CGGCAACGAUGAUGAGGGCAGGAAGCGCGGUGUUGUUUGUGGUGGUGCUGGCCCUGGCUGUGGUCGCGGCUGGGAAAGUUCUUGCGACGACGACGACGAAGAGGACUGGUGGCGCAGGUCCUGGUGCAGGUGGUGUUGGAGGUGGUGUCGGCAGUGACAACAACAACGAGACACGUGGAGUAGGGACACCUGUGUCAUCGGGGUCAUCCUGGUCUCCAGCCCAAUGUCGUGAAGCAGGCUUCUUGGAAGGCCUCAUCUGCUCGGAUUGCGAGCUUUCGGCGGAGCAUCUGGACAUUCCUGGCUUCAAGGACACGUGCCUGCGCUGCUGUGAAGCGGUGGAAGGCGUCGACGCUGCCACGGUGAAGUAUCCAAAGGCAGUGCUGGAAAUGUGCAACUGCAAGCUUCGCGCCUUUCCUCAGAUUGAACCCUUUGUCACUGGCCGCAUGAAGAACGCAUUCAAGAACAUGAAACACAAGCACAUCAACGGCGCCCCGCCACGCCUGAAACUUAUGGACAAGAAGGGAAAAGUCGUGGAAGUCCUCAACAUCGAGAAAUGGGACACGGACACGGUGACUGCAUUCCUGGAAGAGAGGCUUGAAGCCUAGGCAAACAAGAAACGGGUGGCAGGUGGCCGGUGGCCGGGGGGUUUCCGGUCCACAUGACCAUGGCCACAAUCAACCAACCCACACCACCAUGAUCUGUGCAUCACCACUCUGACAUUGCAUAUGCUACCAACAACAUGCCCUCGGUUGUUACGCCAUUGCUUAGCCCGUAUUAAACAACCCC